CAAACAGUUAUGCGAUCACUUUCGCGUAGCACGAGUGCCGUAGUGAAUAAUCGCGUGUAUUCGCGCACCGGCUAAAACGCUCUUUCAGUACAAUUUUGACGCGCUGGCUGCUCGCGCGCUGCGCGAGAAUCAAUAUGAGAAAAGAACGACGGCAACCCGUUGACAACAAAUUCUUGGGCUAAACAAUGGAUCAAUACCGAUACCUUGCGGCGGAGGGCAACUCGUAGAAACGGUAAUAAAUCGUCGUUCCUUGUCGUGGAUGACAUUCUUUGACUCGUACGCACUUUUCCUAAUCAGCGAAUACAGAAGUAAAUUUCGGAGAGUUCCACUCGUCAGUUUUUCUCUUGCGUGACGCACACGAGGGCCGUACACACUUGACCGCCGGCAUGGAAAAGCUGGACAAUCAGCAGAAGACCUGGAAGAAGAAAAGCAUGAGAUCGAGCGCGAGCACCGAGGUGGCGACGCAAUGCGUGAAAGUGGUCGUGCGAUGCCGACCGAUGGACGAGCGAGAGGCGACCCGCGGUUACAGCCGCGUGGUCGAGGUGAUCCCGUCUAGGGGCGUGGUGGAGGUGCGGCAUCCGCGCGACGAUCCGUCCAGCGAGACCGUGAAGGUGUUCACCUUCGACGCGGUGUACGACUGGCACUCCAGCCAGCAGGAGCUGUACGAGGAGACGGUGAGACCGCUGGUGUCCUCGAUACUCGACGGCUUUAACGGCACUAUCUUCGCGUACGGGCAGACCGGCACCGGUAAGACGUACACGAUGGAAGGCGCGAAGAUGGAUCACGAGAGGCGCGGCAUCAUCCCGCGCUCCUUCGAGCACAUCUUCAACCACAUCGGCCGGUCGGAGAACAUGCAGUACCUCGUGAGAGCCAGCUACCUGGAGAUUUAUCAGGAGGAGAUACGCGAUCUGCUGCACCCGGAUCAGAGUCUGCGGUUCGAGCUGAAGGAGAAGCCGGAGCUCGGCGUUUACGUGAAGGAUCUGUCGACCGCCGUGUGCAAGAGCGCGACGGAGAUACAGCAUCUGAUGAACGUCGGCAAUCAGAACAGAACGAUCGGCGCGACGAACAUGAACGAGCACAGCUCGCGGUCGCACGCGAUCUUUCUCAUCACGAUCGAGAUGGGCAGCAUCGGCGGCGAUUCCGGUGGCAUCCGGGUGGGACGCUUGAACCUGGUCGACCUCGCGGGCAGCGAGAGGCAGAGCAAAACCGGCGCGUCGGGAGAGCGAUUGAAGGAGGCGAGCAAGAUUAAUCUCAGCCUGUCGGCCUUGGGCAACGUCAUCUCGGCGUUGGUGGACGGCAAGACGACGCAUGUGCCAUAUCGAGAUUCGAAGCUGACGAGACUGCUGCAGGACUCUCUAGGUGGUAACUCGAAGACGAUCAUGGUGGCGAAUAUCGGCCCGGCCAGCUACAACUACGACGAGACCCUGACGACUCUGCGAUACGCCAGCCGUGCCAAGAACAUCAAGAACAAGCCUAGGAUAAACGAGGAUCCGAAGGACGCUUUGUUGAGGCAGUAUCAGGAGGAGAUAGGUCGAUUGAAGGAGAAACUCGCGCAGAAGGGCGGUGUGUCGCGAAAGAAGAAGAAGUCGAAGAGAAAAAAGGGAGAGGCGAACGAGGCGAACGACUCGGAGUCCGAUGCGGACGACAGUCGGGGCGAGGACAAUAAGGCGACCGAGGCCGACAAGAAGCUGAUAGCGGAGCAGCUGAAGGCCGAGAAGCAGGAAGCCGAGAAUCUCGUUCAGAGAAUAAAGGACUUGGAGAGCAAGAUGCUCUGCGGCGGUAAGAACAUAAUCGAUCACACGAACGAGCAGCAAAGGGCGCUCGAGCAAAAGGCGGCCGAGAUCGCGGAGCGUAAGAGGCGCGAGGUCGAGAUGCAGCAGAAGCUGGAGGACGAGGAAGUGACGAUGGUCGGCGUGAGGGAGACUUACACCACGUUGCAGCAGGAGGUGGACGUGAAGUCGAGAAAGCUGCGAAAGUGCUUCACCAAGCUGCAGGCCCUGAAGCAGGAGCUGGAGGACGUCACGAGCGACUACAACCGGGACAGACGGGACUUGGAGCAGGAGCAGCACGAGCUGAUGAAGGAGCUGAAGCUCAAGUAUCUCAUAAUCGAGAAUUUCAUUCCCGAGGAGGAGAAGACCAAGAUCCUGUCCAGAAUUCACCUGGACGAGGAGGAGGACUGCUGGGUGGUGAAGGAUCCCGAGCCGUCGAGCAUCGACGUCAUCAAGCGCCCGACUUCGGUGCCGGGCGCGCGCCGACCGGUCUCGGAGUACGCGCGGAUCGCUCUCGCGAUGGGACGCGGGUGCCGUUACGCGGGCGAAAAUAUCCUCAACUUGGACCUCGACAUGCCGGCGCGGACGACGCUGGAUUAUCACGGGCCGGCGAUCGCGCCGACGAUCCAGGCCGUCCUCGAGGAGGCUCUGCGCGACGAGGGCGACAUAGACGUCGACGCUUCCAGCACGAGACUGAGGACCAAGACGCGUUUGCAGUCGGCGCGGGUCAGACCAAAGAGCGUCACCAAGAUGCAGCAGAUCCCGGCGCCGGUUUACCCCAAAACGAGAGGCCUCGUACCGAAAUAGAAUCGUUUCAAACCCCCGCGAUCGCGCGCGCUUCUUUUCUUCGCUUGUAAAAGGGGAAUGUACAUAUUGUAUGAACGGCGCCUUGUGCUUUAUUUAAUUUUUCAUGAUGCGGUUACUUCGAGUACACACGGACGAGGAAAUGUGUCUUUAUAAUUCUCUAGUCAUUAUGCAAUUCGUAAACAUAUGAUAUGAGCUACGUCGAUCAUGUAUAACUGUUGUAAUAAUACAAUAUAAAAUAGAUCUUCAA